UGAAAAUGAUGUUUAUGAAAAUUGUGAAAAUGAUGUUUAUAAAAAAUUGUGGUCCAACCAUCCGAAAUUUUCUCAUUUAGUGGUCCACCCGAGACUUAAUUAGGGCUCAUUUUUGGGGAUCGAUCCCAAAAUGAUGUUUAGAAAUGGAUGGACGGCGUGGAUGAAACAUAUCCAUCAUGGUGGGGCCCAUAGAGCCCUCUGCUUUCCAAAGUUACCGUUUUUGUUAUAAACAAUGGUAAACGCACACUAUUCAGAUUUGAAAUGUUUAUCUGAUUUAGAAGAACUGAGCGUCGUUUGCUCUUUUCCCAUUUUCAUCGAGCGGGUCCUCUCCCGCUCUCUCCCUCUCCGCUCACUCUCUCGAUCUCCCUCUCCGCUCGCUCUUCAACCCUCUCUGCUCGCUCUCUCGAUCUCCCUCACUGCUCACUCUUCGGCCCUCUUUGCUCGCUCUCUCGAUCUCCCUCUCCGCUCGCUCUCCGCCCUCUUUGCUCGCUUUUUCUCUCUGCCUCGCCCUCUCCCUCUCGCUGGUGCUUCAGUUAUCCAGUUUUUGUCGGCCGCAUUAGGGUAGCAAUAGAAAUUGUUGGUCAAUUGUGGCUUGUAGACAAAGGGAUGAGUAACCAACAAUAUAAAUAUGGAAGGCCUUCCCCA